AUGGAGCCUGCAAAGGUUGCUGGCGGCAGCAAAUUAGGCACCGUUUCUGGUGUCUACAUCCCCGUCUAUCUCAACAUUCUGAGCAUCCUCAUGUUCCUUCGGUUUGGCCACAUCUUGGGACAAAUUGGUUUCAUUGGCAUUCUAGGUCUUCUUCUCUCCGCCUAUUGCAUCGAUCUCCUCACUGUCCUAUCGCUCUCCGCUAUUGCAUCUAAUGGCGAAGUCAAGGGCGGAGGUGCUUACUACCUGAUUUCCAGGUCUCUUGGCCCGGAAUUUGGCGGCUCUAUCGGCAUCUUAUUCUAUCUGGCCCAGGCUCUGAAUACUGCAAUGAACGUUGUUGGUCUUAUUGACUGCAUCAGACUCAACAUGGGGUCCAGCUUCCCUCAGGGCUAUUGGACUGGAUAUGGGCUUCAGACUGCUGCCUUGAUGUUAUGCACAGCUCUUUGCCUACUUGGCUCUUCAACAUUUGCAAAAGCCUCGAAUGCGCUACUCAUUGUUCUUACCUUUGCCAUCAUCAGCAUUCCAGUAUCUGCCAUUUUCAAGGCGCCAUUUGAAGACGCAGCGGCCGGGAUCAAGUUUACAGGCAUUAGCGUCGAUACACUCAUUGGAAACUUUGUGCCUCGGGUUUCUGAGAGAAGUUAUGAAGGUGUCAAGACCUUCCGGGAUCUCUUUGGUGUUCUCUUUCCAGCUACUUCCGGGAUAUUUGCUGGAGCUUCCAUGUCUGGUGAUUUACGAAAUCCAAGCAAGGCUAUUCCAAAUGGAACGCUAUGGGCCACCCUUACAACAUUCAUUGUCUAUUUUACCGUCAUCCUAUCGAUGGCCGCAGCCAUCACCCACGAGUCUUUUCUGGCCAAUGAUAAUAUCAUUUCUUUGACAAGCUUAUACGCCCCUAUAAUCUUGGCCGGCGAGUGUGCUGUUACCUUCUUUUCGGCUCUCAUGGGUGUCAUCGGCUCAGCCAAGUUAUUUCAGGCGCUUGCCCGUGAUCAGCUUCUCCCAGGGCUAUCACUCUUCGGGAAAGGAACUAGACAUGGUGAUGAGCCCAUCUUUGCCAUCUUUUUAACAUACUCUAUUGCUCAAGUUGCCCUUUUCGCAGACUUGAAUCAAAUUGCUACACUUAUCUCCAUGGGUUAUCAGAUGACAUUCUUUGUUAUGAACCUGGCUUGUUUCCUUUUGAAAAUUGGAUCUGCUCCCAAUUUCAGGCCCAGUUUUCAACUCUUCAGUGCACAAACUGCAUUUGUUGGAAGUGUCCUAUCUGCGGCCGCCAUGUUCUUCAUCGAUGAGGCGUAUGCUUCAACCGCAAUCUGCGCUCUCAUUCUAGUGUUUUUGCUGAUUCAUUACCUCUGCCCACCUAAGCACUGGGGUGAUGUCUCUCAGAAUCUCAUCUACCACCAGGUUAGAAAGUAUCUAUUAAGGCUAAAGCCCGAGCACAUCAAGUUCUGGAGGCCGCAAAUCAUUCUCCUCGUCAACAACCCGCGGCGACAGACUAGGCUGAUCCAGUUUUGCAAUUCACUGAAGAAAGGUUCGCUUUAUAUCUUGGGCCACGUUAUCGUGACGGACGACUUCAAUACUGGAGUUCACGAGGCGAAGCUACAACAAGCAGCUUGGACACGCUAUAUAUCCGAAUUUUCCAAGAUUAAAGCAUUUGUACAGCUGACAAUGUCGCCAUCCAUAAACUGGGGCAUUCGAAAUCUCGUUCUGUCGUCUGGUUUAGGGGGUAUGCGGCCCAACAUUGCCAUCAUGGGAUUUUACAACAUGGACGACCUACGAAGAUCUAGUCAUCGAUUAAGGGUGCCAGAUAUUCCAAUGGCCCCCGCCUCCAAAAUGAAUCGCCCACCAAAAUAUCAGGGGAAAGCGACCUCAAGGCCUCGCGAAUACAUGACGGCAUUGGAAGACUUGGCCCUUUUGUAUCGGCUGAAUGUAGCUGUUGCAUACGGAUUUGAUGACUUAGAGACGCCCCGAAAGGACGAGUCCAGCACAAAGAAGUAUAUCGAUCUGUGGCCUAUUCAAAUGUCUGCUGAGGUUUCAUCCCAGGGAAAGAAUAUGUUGACUUCUAAUUUCGACACCUACACUCUCAUUCUACAACUAGGUCAUAUUCUCCGCAGCGUCCACACUUGGAAACGAGGUUAUACCAUAAGAGUCAUGGUUUUUGUCGAAUACGAAAACGAAGUUGAAGAAGAGAUGGCUCGAGUCCGGGCACUUUUAGAGAAGCUGCGUAUCGACGCUGAAGUACGAGUCUUUUGGCUAGCCUGUGGUCAGUUGGACAUGUAUGAGCGCAUCAUCAACGGCAGGAGCAGCAAUCUCGACUGUGAGAUUAUCGUCGGUGAUGCAUUGAGAGAUGAGGAGUGGUGGAAUGAUUUGGAAGACUUCCGCGGGAAAACCGAAGCCAUGUCAUUGAGCCAGGAGUUUACACAUAUGGCACAAAUUCUUACUUCAACCGCUGGAAGACCUGGAGUCUAUAAUCCACAUGAAGAAGUAGAGUCACGGCGGAGGCGUUCCAGCAUCAUGAAUCUUCCUGGUAUACCCAAGCGGCCAAAUAUCGGCUCGCUUACAAAGAUGGGAUUAAAUAUCGGGAUGCAUACUCAUCACCUGAACGAAGAGGUCUUUGAGGAUUCUGAUUCAGAAUAUGAAAGUGGCAGUGAUACAGACACCAUUAGCACGACAGGCUCUGUAAUAGAUCCAUUGUCGCCAGAGAUGUCAUCUUCGAACCGUCCUCGGAUGCCACGAACACCUCCAAGGAUGCGCGAAAAUGGUGCUUUCGGCCAGGCACCCAGGCCAGGAUAUCAUGCUAACGUCAAUCUCCCAACUACUCAAUCAUAUGGUACCAUGUCAAGAUCUCAUGCCUUUUCGCAAACUCAGGGUAGACACGAUUCAGUCAUCAUUCCAGCAUCCAUGAGAAUUCCCGUGGUCGAUCUGGACGCCACACCACGAGCAAAUAACCGACAGAGAAGCAGCUUCAAAAUCGAAAUCAAAAGCAUAGAGUCUUUUCCAAAUCUAGAUCAGCUAGCAAUCCCUCAAUCGCGGCAGAACACCCUCCCGACAAGCAGUCCUACAAAAUCCUCCAGCGAUCGAUAUUCGGGAGACGACGAUACAUCAACACCCCGACCAGGUCUUUCACGACAAUCAUCUGCAGCCCGAUUUUCAAGCCGACCUGUUCCAGAGAUGAGAAUCACCACAGAGGAGGGAGGCUCGAGGAUUGGCUUCGCCACCACCAAUUCCUCCAGCCCUGGAACCCCUAAAACAGACCGUCCGUCGUUCUCUCGGCAGUCUUCUCUGGGCAAGUUUUCCGCGCAGCCACUAGCUGAACCGAGGAGAAACUUUGGCGGAGGCGUGCGGGCGAUUUCGUACACUGAGCAGCCGACGUAUGAUUCACGAGCAAGCACACAACCUCGUUACCACUCUCGACGAGAAUCCCAGUCUUCCAACUUUGGACAGGGAGACGUCAGCUUAAAUAUCCCCGAACUUGUACAAUCACAUAGACUUGAUGCUGAAGCAAGUCAAGAAGAUGGUGCUCCUUACUCGGCACAAGGCGGCGUUGCUUUGUCGUUCAAUGAUCUACCCAGUCGAGCGCAACACCUGAUUCUCAACGAGCUGAUGCGACAAAAUUCCAAACAAACAGCCGUUCUCAUGACCACAUUACCGAUUCCGAUUGAGGGGACAUAUUUGGACAAUGAUAGGACGAUUCAGUACCUUUCAGAUGUUGAGUUGCUGUGUCAUGAUCUUCCACCGACUCUUUUGGUGUUGAGUAAUAACAUGACGGUCACAGUGAGCUUGUAA